AUGGUGAGCCGCAGGGGGUGGGGGGGCAGCAGGGGGCGGCUGGGGCGGUGGGGGGACAUGGGGCCCAGCUCAGUGCCCCUGCUCCCCAUGCCGCUGCCGCUGCCUGCUCCUCCCUGUAGGGGACCUGGGGGAGGGCGGAUCUCUGUCUUCUCUCUGUCUCCUCGCACUACAAGAAGCUCCCCUUCCACGCGGAACUCUCCUUCUGUGGGCUCCCCGUGCCUGGCACUGCAGGGGACCGAGGCUUCUCAGCCUCGACAAAAUACCCUCCCUGUGGCCGCCACUCCCUCACCUCAGCCCCAAAUGACACCCAUCUCUGCCUCCCCAUCUUGGGGAUCCCACUGUACCCCAUCCCUAUCCUCGGGCACCCCCCCUCCCUCCCGCCGGUGCCACCAGGACCCUCCUGGGCUGCGGAUAGGUCCUCUCAUCCCUGAGCAGGAGUAUGAACGGCUGGAAGACUGUGACCCCGAGGGGUCCCAAGAUUCACCCCUCCACGGGGAGGAGCAGCAACCGCUGCUGCACGUGCCGGAAGGGCUCCGGGGCUCCUGGCAUCACAUCCAGAACCUGGAUAGCUUCUUCACCAAGAUCUACAGCUACCACCAGCGGAAUGGCUUUGUCUGCAUCCUGCUGGAGGACAUCUUCCAGCUGGGACAAUUCAUUUUCAUUGUCACCUUCACUACCUUCCUCCUUCGCUGUGUGGAUUACGAUGUUCUCUUUGCCAACCAACCAAAUAACCGGACAAGAUCUGGACCAUUCCAUAACAAGGUGACCCUGUCAGAUGCCAUCCUGCCCUCAGCCCAGUGUGCCGAGAGGAUCCAUGACAGUCCCCUGCUGGUCUUCCUCUUGGUGCUGGCUGCUGGCUUCUGGCUGUUCCAGCUGCUUCGCUCAGUCUGCAACCUCUUCAGCUACUGGGACAUCCAAGUGUUCUACAGGGAAGCCUUGCACAUCCCUCCGGAGGACCUGGGCUCCGUGCCCUGGGCGGAGGUGCAGUCCCGUCUCCUGGAGCUGCAGAGGAGCGGGGGUCUGUGCGUGCAGCCGCGCCCCCUGACCGAACUGGACGUCCACCACCGCAUCCUCCGCUACACCAACUACCAGGUGGCCUUGGCCAACAAGGGCCUGCUGCCGGCCCGCUGCUCGCUGCCCUGGGGAGGCAGCGUGGGCUUCCUGAGCCGCGGCCUGGCGCUCAACAUCGACCUGCUCCUCUUCCGCGGCCCCUUCUCGCUCUUCCGCGGGGGCUGGGAGCUGCCCGAGGAGUACAAGCGCCGCGAGCAGCGGGGCGCGCUGGCGGCGCGCUGGGGGCGCACGGUGCUGCUGCUGGCGGCCGUGAACCUGGCGCUGAGCCCGCUGGUGCUGGCCUGGCAGCUCGUCUUCUUCGCGGGCGCGCUCUUCGCCGCGCUGCUCGUGCUCACCGUCUACGACGAGGACGUGCUGGCCGUGGAGCACGUGCUCACCGCCAUGACCGCGCUGGGGGUCGUGGCCACCGUGGCCAGGUCUUUCAUUCCUGAAGAGCAAGGCCAGGGGCGCCCCCCGCAGCUCCUGCUGCAGGCAGCCCUGGCGCACAUGCACUACCUCCCCGAGCAGCCCGAGCAGCCCGGCGCGGGCGGCAGGGCCAGCGCCUACCGGCAGAUGGCGCAGUUGCUGCAGUAUCGAGCGGUCUCCCUCCUGGAGGAGCUGCUGUCCCCACUUCUCACCCCACUGUUUCUGCUCUUCUGGUUCCACCCCCGUGCCCUAGAGAUUAUCGACUUUUUCCACCACUUCACUGUGGAUGUGGCUGGCGUUGGGGACAUUUGUUCCUUCGCCCUCAUGGAUGUGAAGCGCCACGGCCAUCCUCAGUGGCUCUCCGAGGGUCAGACAGAGGCCUCACUGUCUCAACGCGCUGAGGAUGGAAAGACAGAACUCUCCUUGAUGCGCUUCUCCUUGGCACAUCCUCAGUGGCGCCCCCCGGGCCACAGCUCCAAGUUUCUUGGGCAGAUUCGGGGCCGGGUACAACAAGAUGCAGCUGCCUGGGGUGCUACCUCAGCUCGCAGCCCCCCAACCCCAGGGGUGCUCAGCAACUGCACCUCACCUCUGCCGGAAGCCUUCCUGGCCAACCUCUUGGUGAACCCCCUUCUGCCCCCAAGGGACUUGAGCCCCACAACCUCCUGUCCAGCUGCUGCCACAGCCAGCCUCCUUGCUUCCCUUUCCCGCAUGGGCCAGGACUCCAGCUGUGUGUCCCCAGGUGGCACUGGGAGCCAGAAGCUGGCCCAGCUCCCAGAGCUGGCUUCUGCGGAAAUGAGUCUUCAUGCCAUCUACCUACACCAGCUUCAUCAGCAGCAGCAGCAGCAAGAAGUGUGGGGGGAGGCUUCGACCUCCUCUCCCUCCAGGCCCUGGUCCAGCCCCUCACAGCCAGCCUCACCUGACGAUGAGAAGCCAUCCUGGUCCAGUGAUGGCUCCAGUCCUGCCUCCAGUCCCAGACAGCAGUGGGCAACUCAGAGGGCCCCGAGUCUGUUCCCUAGGACAUUUCAGGAGACAACAGACACCAAGAAAGAGUCUGGCCAGGUCCCUUGCACGGAUUGAGAGGACACUUCAGGUUUCUCAUUUCUCCAGCUGCAGGGAAUUGAUUGGAUGGGGUGGCAUGGAAGGACACAUGGAGCCAUCUUAGAGCUACCUGCCAACAGACUAACAUGCCCAGGAUGCUUUGUUGGGCAAGACCUGGGGAUCAAUGAGGAACUUGCCCCAGUGAAGAGAGAAAGAGGAGAGGUGAUGACUGUAUGACAGGGAAACCAAUCUUAGAGAUGGUCCCCACACAAAGGGGCCAAGGAGACAGCUUCAAAUGGCUGGCAGGAGUAGUUGCCUGUGAAGAAGUCCCUGAUCAUCCUCCAGGUGCAAGGCCGGUGGAAGGCCGGGCCAGGUCACAGGGAGAGGCCAAAUUCAGCAUUAAGGAAGCCAUGAGUUACCCUGAUCUGAAAGACCAGGAAGUUCUUCCUGCUGGCCUCCCUUUCAGGUUCCCAUGGGCCUGGAGGGAGGUGGGCGGGUGACUUGUGAGUGGAAAAUCUAGAGUAGGCUGAUGUUUUUGGACUUUAGCACUGCUGAGAUGUCUGAGGAAGUGGGUGGAGCUCCUCAUCCUGUGUGAAAUAAGCAGUAAAGAUUGCUUGUGGCUGUGUUGCACAUCUUGUAUGAUGGCAGUUUCUGGCGUGCCCCACUCCUGGCAGCUGAUGGCUGCACCUGCUUUCUCAAUCAAGAGCAAGAACAGCCUGUGAUUGGCUGUCUGUGGA